AAGAAUCUAAUUAUACAAUAUCUAUUCUUGAUCAACCUGUAAUUAUGAAUGAAUAUGUCAAUCGAGUCUAUAUAGGUCUAGCUAUUAUCAAUAUCUUAGUUUCUUUUCUUUAUGUAUGGGCAUGGCGUGGUCGAUCAUGGUUUGAUAUUGUCUUAGUACCAGAAUAUAUGAAUCAAAUACAAGCAGGACUUUAUCUUUGGUCAUCAUUAUGGUAUUCAAAACAAACUACUCUUGGUGGUUAUUAUACAAUGGGUGUACAUAGAAUUGAACUAUAUGCAUCUUGUAUUGAAUUAUGCACUGCAGUUGGAUGGAUGCUUUCAUGGUAUAUGACAUAUACACGUACUAUAGGUCGUGGUUUUACGUUUGAUGAUCCUGAUACAAUGGCUUAUUUAGCAACAACAUCAAAUACAUUUAUGUAUUUUGUAUAUAAUUUGCAGAUGAAUAUUCAUCCUGAACGAUAUGGAACUAAUCUAUUAUAUAUUUAUGCGGAUAUUCUUGGUUUUAUUGGUAGUGUCUAUUAUAUAUUUGCUGCAUUACGUGAUGAUAGUUGGUUUUGGUUUCUUCCGUUAGCUGGACAAUAUGGUGUAGCAGCAGGUAGAGUUCGAAUAGAAACAAAAGAUUUACCAAAAUAUGGAUUAACCAAUAUACUUAUUACAGAUAUAUGUAAAAACAGACAAGAGAAAAGUCAACAAUCUAACAGGAAUAUAAAUAAUGAUAUUGUUAUCAUAUAUCUUUAA